ACAACUAUGUCUGCUCCAGCAACCAUUCGCCGUUUGCAAACUAGCGCAAAACUUUUGAAUCACGUCCUUUUAGCAUCGAAACAGGAUCCAAAGGACCAGCUACAGUAUUUCGACUCCCUGGCUAUCGCUGCCCAACGCGCUGCCGAUUCACUUCUUUGUUCGAGCAUUCUUGCUGGACAUGGAAGUGAGAGUGACGAGUUCUCCGAUGUGGCGGUUUGGCUGGGCCCAGGGUCGUUUGGUAAAGGACACGAGCAGUCCGUGUUAAACUCCCUCGGCUUACAGAGUGAUUCGAUCUCCCCAGUUGCCCUGGCCACACCAAGCAAUAUACCAACGACCGUCAGAGUUCAGAAUUCCACCCCAGAGCUUGAUGCUUUCACCCACAAGCUUUCUGAGUUGAAAGAGCUCCACUGUUUCUCAACGCCUUCAUCUGGCAGCGACGUGAUAUUCUCUCUCAUUGGCAAGGCCGCAAAUGGCGGCUGGGGAGGGCUGGUGGGUAUUGGCGUUUGGUCUGAUGAAUAA